AUGCCACUGCAACAACUAACGGCUGCAAUUUUGCAGUCGCGUUUCAGGCCCCACGUGCGUCGUCGUCCCUACAGCAGUAUAUAUGUCCUAAGUACAAUAAUCUUUGUUUUUUUUUUCUCAACUUUUCAGGUCUACAGAAGAUACAGAUUAUACUAUCAGCAGGUGGAAACUGUUAUCGCAUCAUUUGAAACAGUAGCAGGCUUAAACACUGCUGCUCCUUAUAUUUCCUUUGCUCUGAAGUCCAUGUCCAAGAACUUCAGAAGUCUAAAGAACAUCAUAUCUAAUCACCUUAAUAACCUUGGCAAGAUUAAUGUAAAAGAAGGCCUUGGUAAAGGGGAAUUUACUGGUUUUGGCCUCACAGCUACUGGUGAUCAUUCAUGUACACAAAGAAGGAAUUCUUCUCUUAGUUUUGGCCAGACACAAGUUUGGAGACCUCAAAGGGGACUACCCGAACGAGCAGUUGCAGUGCUGAGGGCUUGGCUUUUCGAACACUUCUUGCAUCCGUACCCUACUGACACAGACAAGCAAAUGCUGGCUAAGCAAACAGGCUUGACAAGAAAUCAGGUCUCAAACUGGUUUAUAAAUGCAAGAGUAAGACUCUGGAAACCAAUGGUAGAAGAAAUACACAACCUGGAAAUGCAUCAAUUACAGAAAACAGUGGGAACUGAUCAUAAUGUUCAAAACCCAACAUUUCAAGCUUCACAGCCAUCAUCAUCAUCUGCAGCAACUUCUUCCAGCAACCGAGCGCCCGUAAACAACUUCAUGCAAAGAACCAGCCAAAACCAAUCUUACCGGCCUGCUAACAUCGAACAGCUUCCUCACAUCGAAGAACCUUACAAAUUCAUAUUCGACAAUGAUUUUGCAUGCCACAGUCAGCCCGUUGGCGUUGAAAUUGGAGGAAAUUCUGUUGUUUCUCUCACUCUUGGCUUGCCGGAGCCAUUGUCAGUGAAUGUUGCUCGACGAUUCGGCUUAGAAGAGUGCAGCAAUGCUUAUGUUCUUGGUGGAUUUGAAGGGGGGCAAGAGAGACACUAUGGAAAGGAAAUUGGUGCACAUCUGCUUCAUGAUUUUGUUGGAUGAUUUUGAUCAAGUUGUUUUGCAUAAUUAAUGAAUAACCAUUUCAAUACUAGUCUUAUAUACUACAUAUGAUUAUAACUUUAAUUAUAUUCUGGCCUGGUGCUAAAUAAGUGAUGCCACCAUUGCUGUGCAAAGGGUAAGUAUUGCUUCCUGUUUAGGGUUUAAUUAAGCCAGCUUGCUUGUAUUCUUGAUCCUCAAGUUCAAAGCAAAAUAUUGAUUAGAUAAAAUAUAGAUGUUUAAUUCA